AUGGAUUCGGCGGGGGUAUCGGCUGAUCCUCCUCCGUUGAUGGAUCAGGGGAAGACUUGGGUCUCGAAGGUACAAGAGAAAAAAGUUCUGAAGAAGUAUGAGAUUGAAGAAUCAGUGGGAGAUGGGAAGCAUUUGGUGGAGGUUCCGUCAGAGGUUAUUGAGAAGGAAAAUCCGUUAUGGGAGGACUUUGUGAUUGAGAAUUUUCUGGAGGAUGCACUGCACAUUGCAAAGGUUCAUGUUAUAGUCAACAAAAUUUGGGCGUUCGGCGAUAAAACUCAGAAAUUGGAUGUUUAUGAGAUGGAUGCAAAGAUGAUGAGGAUCAGAAUCACAAGUGAGAAAGUCAGGGAAAAAGUAGUGAGGCGAGGGAUGUGGAAUAUUGCAGGAGUUCCGAUGGUGGUAACAAAAUGGGCUCCGGAAGGAGAGGAUUCGAUGAAGAAAAUGCUGCCUCUAUGGGUACAUUUGACAAAUGUUCCGAUGAGUAUGUAUUCAUGGGAAGGGCUUAGUUUCAUUACUAGCUUAGUGGGAGUUCCUGACCACCUGCAUCCGGAGACUUUAGCGUGCAAGAACUUUGAGGAAGCUAAAGUGUUUGUGAAGGCAUAUUUAACAAAGGAGUUACCGGCAAAGAUCACGUACAAUAUACAAGGGGAGGAGACUACUGUGGGUUUCACAUAUCCAUGGCUUCCAGCUAGGUGUACAAAAUGUGGAAAGUGGGGUCAUUAUGACACUUUUUGUGCUCUGAAUAAGAAGGAAAAAGAAGGGGAACAGAAGGGUUCAGAGCACUCGAAUAUGAAAGAAAAGGAAGGAAAAACAAGGGUAAAAGAAAGGAAGGCAAUGAAGAUAGUUGAAGAAGUAUUUGAUGGAUGGAGUUUUAUGUCGAAUUAUGAGCACAACAGGUUGGGGAGAUUGUGGAUUGUCUGGAGAUCGGAGGUGAGAAUGACGCCAGUAUAUAAGAGUGACCAGCUAAUUACUUGUUUAGUAAAAUUACCGGGGAAUCAGGAGGAGUUUCUCUGCUCUUUCAUCUAUGCGCUGAAUACAAUGGAAGAAAGAAAGAGUUUAUGGGAAGAUUUAAGGCAUCAUUCUGAUGCUCCAAUGUUUAGAGGAAGGAAAUGGAUGCUGAUUGGAGAUUACAAUGAAAUUCUAGAAGGAGAGGAACAUUCGGGUUUUGAGAAUUCACCAAGAAUUCCUUUGGGAAUGAGGGAUUUUCAGGAUACUGUAAGACAUUGUAGGCUCACAGAUAUGAGUUAUCAAGGAAAGAGGAAACCUUUCAAGUUUACUAAUGCAAUAUCGAAGAUGCCAGAGUUCAAACCGUUAAUAGAGGAUCAAUGGAAGAAUUAUGAGAAGUUAUUCAACUCAACUUCUGCUAUGUUUCGUCUUACGAAGCAGUUAAAAGCUUUGAAGCAGCCACUGAGAGCCCUGAGUAAGAUGAAGUUAGGAGAUAUUUCAAGGAAAACCAGCGAGGCGUAUCAGAUUUUAUGUCAAAAGCAGGGAGAGACGUUAAACAAUCCUACUAUGGAGGCUAUGCGUGCGGAAAAUGAAGCAAAUACAAGAUGGCAACGUUUGGCAGAGCUAGAAGAAGAGUUUCUCAAGCAAUGCUCGAAGGUGCACUGGCUUGAUGUAGGGGAUGGUAAUAACAAGUUUUUCCACAACUCAGCAAAGCUUCGAGAAAUUAGGAAUGCCAUCCAUGAAAUACAGAGAGCGGAUGGGUCUCUAGCAAAGACGAAUGAAGAGAUUAAAGUGGAAGCAAAAAGUUUCUUUGCGGAGUUUAUGACAAAGCAACUGGAGGAUUUCGAAGGUGUUUCAGUGGAUAGACUGAAGGAGUUGUUGGGGUAUCAAUGUAGUGAGAUGGAUUGCAGGAAACUUGAGAGAGAAGUCACAAGAGAAGAAAUAAAGGAGGUUAUAUUUCAUAUGCCGGGUAGUAAGUCUCCAGGGCCAGACGGUUAUACAUCUGAAUUCUUCAAGAAAGCGUGGGAAGUAAUUGGAGACGAUGUUAUAGUGGCAAUACAGUCUUUCUUUGUGAAGGGGUUUCUACCAAAGGGAGUAAACUCUACCAUAUUGGCCUUGAUACCAAAGAAGGAGGAAUCUAAGAUGAUGAAAGAUUACCGACCCAUCUCCUGUUGCAACGUUUUGUAUAAGGCUAUCUCAAAGAUCAUAGCAAACAGGUUAAAAGGUGUGCUUCCUAAAUUCAUUACGUUAAAUCAGUCUGCGUUUAUAAAGGAAAGGUUGCUUAUGGAGAAUGUUCUGCUGGCAACAGAACUAGUUAAAGACUAUCAUCAGGAAGAUAUUUCUGCUAGAUGCGCCAUGAAAAUAGACAUAUCAAAGGCGUUUGACUCAGUCCAAUGGUCUUUUCUCAUCAACACUUUAACGGCCUUGGGUCUCUCGGACAAAUUUAUCUCCUGGAUUUCUCUAUGUGUAACCUCGGCUUCCUUCUCAGUGCAAGUCAAUGGAGAGUUGGCGGGUUAUUUCCAGAGUAAGAGAGGGCUAAGACAAGGCUGUUCGUUGUCACCAUACCUGUUUGUUAUUUGUAUGAACGUUCUGUCAAAAAUGUUAGAUGAAGCGGCGCAUGGAGGUCAAAUUGGUUUUCAUCCGAAGUGCAAAAACAUUGAUCUCACACAUUUGUGUUUCGCUGAUGACCUAAUGGUGUUUGCAGAUGGAACUCGGAAUUCAAUUGAAGGAAUUCUCAGGGUGUUUGAUGCUUUUGACAGAAUGAGUGGGUUAAAGAUUAGUAUGGAAAAGUCCACUCUGUUUAUGGCGGGUAAUAUGCAGAAGAGAGAAGAGAUUUUGAGAGAUUUUCAGUUUGCUACCGGGUCACUUCCGGUACGUUACUUGGGGCUUCCCUUGUUAACAAAGAGAAUGAUUGUGCUUGAUUAUCUCCCACUGAUAGAGAAGAUCAGGAAAAGAGUGAGUUCGUGGACGGGAAGGUUUCUCUCAUAUGCGGGACGUUUACAACUUAUCAAUUCUGUUAUUAUGAGUUUGACAAAUUUCUGGAUGGCUGCAUUUCGAUUACCUAGUGGCUGCAUCAAGGAAAUUGAGAGACUGUGUUCAAGCUUUCUUUGGUCUGGUCCGGAGCUAAAUGGGAGAAAAACUAAAGUUGUAUGGAGAGAUGUCUGCAGAACAAAACAAGAAGGUGGAUUGGGUGUCAGACCUUUAAAAGAGGUCAACUUAGUUUGCUGUCUAAAGUUGCUUUGGAGGAUCCUAUCAACACGUUCUCUUUGGGUCAAUUGGAUACAAACUUAUCUUAUAAGAAAGGGUUCUAUUUGGAUGAUAAAGGAAAACACACAAAGUGGUUCAUGGAUGUGGAAAAAGCUUCUGAAAUGUCGUGAGAUUGCAAAAAGUUUAUAUCAAGUGGAGGUGCGAAAUGGAAGGAAAGCUUCUUUUUGGUUUGAAGCUUGGUCUCCAAUGGGUCGUCUACAGGAGGUCUUGAGUGGUAGAGGACACAUUGAUCUGGGCAUACGUGCAACAGAUAUUGUGGAAGCUUGUAAAAAUCACAGGAGGAGGCAUCAUCGAGUUCAUAUUCUAAAUGCAGUGGAGUUGGAAAUUGAGAAGAUGAAGGAGAAGUGGGUUGAUGAGGAAGAUGUGUCUCUGUGGAGGAAUGAGAAGGGUAGAUAUAAAGCUGAAUUUUUCACUUGUGAUACUUGGAAAAAUAUUCGAGAAAAGCAUCUCUGUUACUCAUGGCACUCUACUAUGGAUCGUGUGUUUUGUGUAGACAUCCUUUGGAGACUGCAGAGCACCUUUUUUCAAAUGUCCUUACUGUAUGCAAAUAUGGGAAGUGCUAAUGAAAGGGGUCUUGCAAGGUCAGUUCACGGGAGAUUGGGAGAGUUUAAUUCAACUCACUACUCUGCGAAGAAGCUGGAGCAAAAUCAAACUUUUCGUUACUCGAUAUAUGAUGCAAGCUACUGUGCAUGCACUUUGGAUGGAAAGAAACAGAAGGAAACAUGA